AUGGAGGAUCGACUGGUGCCGGAUAGACGUGCAUGGGAUCGUGCCAUCCAAUUCAUGACGACGAGUGUACAGGACAGACUCAAUGAGGUAGAUAUUGCUGUGGUUGUUUUUUGA